CAUCACAGAAGCCAUGACAAGAAGGGGCUGCUGGCCACACAGGAUCAUCUUCUCCCUCGUACUGUUGACUUGGACACACGUUACUUUAGCAGCACUUAUCAGAUCACAUACCUUUUCUAACUGGCCUAAGCCCCCAUGCAAAAUGUAUUACCCAAUAGACCCUGAUUAUGAAGCAAACUGUCCAGAUGUGAUAGCGCUUGUUUGUGCUACCAAUGGCUUGAACUACAAGAACGAGUGCUUCUUUUGCAUUGAUCGGUGGGAGUUUGGACCUCACAUCGAGUUUGUCAAAUAUGGAAAAUGUGAAUAGCAAUUAACCGAACACCUUCAUUUGUUUAUUCUUUUCACUUCAUUCUGGGAUUUAUUUCUUUGGGAGUUUGAGGUGUUUAAUUUACCAAUUUUAUGCAUCCCUGUGCCGUACCCAAAUUUCAAGCCAAAUGGAAAACAAAGGAUUCCAAAAAUGAGAAAAGAAGUCAUAUUUGUUGCAAAUAAACGUCU